CCAAAGUCCAUAGAUAAGGGCGGCUGCAAACAGUGCCCGCAAAAAUAAAUCACACCAAGAACCGUUAUGUUGCACUACCCGGUUUUAAAAAGGGUGAUUAAAAUGAAAUGUAGCAAUGGUUUUUCGCUUAGGGGCCCACAGAUUCUCGGUUUUUGUUUAUUUCUGCAUAUCCUUGUGGUUAACUUAUGUAUUAUUAGUUUAUUUCAAUGAUAAAAACGAAUGCAUAUAUCAUACGACGUCAGUGUAAGUUCUAUGCUCUCACCAAUACAUGCAAAAUGGGGCAACCACCGAAUUAGUUUCACUGAUUUACUGCACAUGCGCAGGAAGCAAAAAGUGCGAUAAACAAUUUAAACAAUUUAGUUUAAAUGCGACUGCUACAAUUAACGUUGUUAGAGCUCAACGGAAUUCGAGGACCCUGUUUAGUGGGUAGAAAUCCCUGGAUUCCAAAGAUGCCGAGAGAGAUGCUGGCUCUUCGGAGCGAAAUCAGUGCCGAAGCAAGUGUGGGUGAGGGAACAACAACGCCAAAGGACCGGCAAAAAAACAAUUUUUACAUAGUUAAAUAUUUAUCAGAGCCAUCCUACGAUUUGAAAAGAGCUAUUUGUCCGGGAGAAGUAAGCAAGCAAAAUAAUUAAUUACUAAGAAAGUCUUAUUUUGAAAACAAUCGCGAACACUGCAAUAUUUUGAGCUUAAGAGCCGCCAUCCGAGCGCUGAAAAGUGUGAAAAGAAAUCAACAAAAAUAACUAAAAAAAAGAAAAGAAGUAAAUAUACAUAUAUAAUCGAAAAGGACCCUCUGGAAAGCAGAUACUUGGAGUGCAAUAUGUCCAGCCAUAUAUUGCCGCAGGGCAAUCGAUAAGCGAAGCAUAGUCCGUGGAAUCCUCGCUGGCGAUGCAGUGGGACGCCGAUGCAGUUGGACUUGGAUCGAUAUAGAGCAGAUUACAGGCGCGUUCAUAUGUUCAUAUCCUGCGGUGAGUGGCGCCAGUCGAUGCAUCAUCCCGCAUCCUCUAACCGUAUCCCGUAAGUCGGCAUAUGAAGACACUCCGUUGCAGUGAUGAGAUCGAGGCUGUUUUGGAUACUGGCGAUUAUAUACUCCUCACUCCAUCACAUCGGCUCGGGCUCCACGUCGACCACAUUAAAACGACCGCGAGCUGGCGAUCCAUUCGACACGUUUCCAAAGAACUUCUGGCAGGAGUUCUCGUCGCCGUUCACCGACACGCCCGAGGAUGAGGAGCUGGAGGUCACCGAGACGACCACGCACGAGCCGUUCCCGUUCUUCGCCGAUCCGUACACCACCCUGAACAUCAGCACCCAGCUCUCGUCCAGCGUUUAUCUGCACUGCCGGGUGAACGAUCUGCAGGGCAAGACGGUGUCCUGGAUGCGGCGACGUGGCGAGGACCUCACCCUGAUCACCUUUGGCCAGCACACGUACAGCGGAGACUCGCGGUACUCGCUGGAGUUCGAGGAGCCCAACGAUUGGAAGCUGCUAAUACAGUUCGCCAACGAGCGAGACGAGGGUCCCUACGAGUGCCAGGUGUCCUCGCAUCCGCCGCUCGUCCUGCUCGUUUACCUUACGAUAAUUGUUCCUCACGUGGAGAUCCUCGACGAGCGGGGCUCGGCCACGCCGGAGAAGUACUACAAGGCUGGCAGCACCAUCGAGCUGCAGUGCGUCAUUUCCAAGAUUCCGCAUCCCUCCUCCUACAUCACCUGGCGGCACGGACAGCGCCUGCUCAACUACGAUACUAGCCGCGGAGGAAUCAGUGUCAAGACGGACAUGCUACCAGGACGAGCUCUGAGUCGCCUGUACAUCGCCAAUGCCAAUCGCCAGGACACCGGCAACUACACCUGCAUGCUGGGCAAUGAGAUUACCGAGACGGUGGUGGUCCAUGUGCUGAACGGUGAGGAGCCAGCCGCCAUGCAACAUGCAAAUGGAAGCCGCCAAAAGGCCGACGCCUCCACAAUGGUUGUGUUAUUUCUAGUGUACGUGUGCAUCUCCGUAUCCGUUUCCGUAGCCGGAAUAGAACGGGGAUUGGGAUGGGGAUGGGGAUCGGGAUGGGAAUUAAGACGAUGA